AUGUCUUCCCACUACACAACCUCCUACUCCAUGUCGGCUGCCAUGCCGGCCAAGGACCCCCAGUACCCUGCCUACAGCCAAUACUCCACCUCUCCCAACGAGUGUGAUGAGACCAUGAGCCAGACCUCGGGCGUUCCCUCGGGCUACUCAGCCACUACCCCGGGAUACAUGGGCUCGUCUGGCUCCUCUGCCGCCGACUACGACAGCUCCAACUCGGCUGCCGGCGUCGACUUCCAGGAGUACAUGCAUGAUCGAUCUGGUAAGCUCAACGCCAAGAACCGCGAGCUUAUGGAGCUCCAGGCCCAAGCUCAGGCCCGUCUCGCAAGGACCCGUGAGCGCUUCCAAGAGGGGAUGCGUGACGCUCGCGAGGUGCGUGCUGAUCUCGAGUGGACGCAGAAGAAGGUUUCCUCUCUCCAGACAAAGGCUUCUAGCAAGCACCCAAAGGAGUACGCCAAGGCUCGCGCUCGCUACCCUUCUCCCGAGUAA